AUAAGGAUAAGAAUAAUAAUAAUAAAAAUAAUAAUAAUAAAAGCAGUUUCUAUAUUUAUACGAAACACUAAAAGAGUAGGGAUUAAAAGAGAAGUGGAAUGAGAAUUUUAAUAAUAGUAACCAGCGAAUUUUGCAUUAUAGUUUCAAACUUCAAUGAACGUGUUCAUCUCUCGGCGUUGUUUUCUCGCGACAAUUCUUAAACCAGACGUAUCUCCAUCUCCAACAUUUUAAUAAGAAAGAAAAAAAUAAAACACCACCAUCAUCAUACCAAAAAAGGAAAUAAUAAUUGUAUGGUAAUAAUUUAAAAAAAAAAAAAACAAGAUCAACGGAGAGAAAAAAAAUCUUUAAUUAAAAGUAAUAAUGGGUAAAAAUGGGAAAAGGAUUAAUUGUAAAUAAUUUAAGUGAUCUAAUGGUUUUUAUAACAGAGCACACACAUGAUAAAACAUCAAUGAUGGAAACUCGUAUCCGUAGCAAUCGGUUACGGGGUGUAAUUGGAAUUUGUAUUUUACUUGCUCUUACUGGCAUAGUGUAUCUUGGUUAUUUUUGUCCGGACCAUGUGUGUGCAUUAACUAAUCGUGAUAUUAAGGAAUCAACGAGAUUAUCUGAAGGAUUAAUACCUGGUACAGGAUUAGGUUCAUUAUCUUCAUCUUCUCCAUUGGAAGCUUACAAAAAUUCAUUAUUUAUUCAUCCAUCAUUUAAAUUACAAAGUGUUCAAAGUAGUCUUGGGUAUGAUGAUAUUUUAAACAAUGAUACCUUUCAAUUUGAUAUAAAUGCUCAUGAUGUUAUUGUCUUUCUCCAUAUACAAAAAACAGGAGGGACAUUGUUUGGAAAACAUUUGGUGAGAGAUUUAGAUCUCCAAAGACCGUGUUCGUGUCAGAGGAGAAAAAAACGUUGCUUUUGUUUUCGACCAAACCGUGAUGAGAACUGGUUAUUUUCGCGUUAUUCAACUGGUUGGAAAUGUGGUUUACAUGCUGAUUGGACGGAACUAACAAAUUGUGUUGAUUAUGAGUUAAAUAAAAUAGAGGGUGAUGGUAUAAAACGUAGAUACUUUUAUAUAACUAUAAUUCGUGAUCCUGUUGCGAGAUAUUUGUCGGAAUUCCGACACGUUCAAAGAGGUGCUACAUGGCGUGGGGCAAGACAUUGGUGUGGUGGAAAUGUCGCUAAUAUACCACAAUGCUAUUCUGGCCCAACUUGGCAAGGAGUUACGCUGGAACAAUUUAUGGCUUGUCCAACAAAUUUAGGAAAUAAUCGUCAGACGAGAAUGCUCGCAGAUUUAUCACUCAUUGGAUGUUAUAAUUCAUCACUGUCAAAUGCAGAAAAAGAUAAUCUUAUGUUAGAAAGUGCUAAACGUAAUUUACAUUUUAUGCCAUUUUUCAUGUUAACUGAGUAUCAAAAAGUUGGACAAUAUUCUUUCGAAGAAACGUUUGGAAUGCGAUUUGCAGUGGCAUUUGAGCAACAUAAUGCAACAUUAAGUGCCGCAACAAUGGCAACAUUAACACCAGAACAAAAAGAACAGGUACGAAAGCUCAAUGAACUUGAUCUUCAACUAUAUGAAUAUGCCAAAGAUCUUGUAUUUGAACGGUUCAGACGUUUAAGAAAUCGUGAUCCAUAUUUUAUCCACCGAUUUCAACAUCUCGGUGAGUUGUCAUCGCGUCAAAGUGCGACUGAAUUUAAUUGGGAUUCAGUUAUUGAAGAUACAACUGAUAACGAUUGAAUUAUUUUUAAAAUGACGCUUGUUAAAUUUAAAAAAAAAUAAUAAUUUUAAUAUUCUAAGUGCAGAAUUCUCAAAUAUCUCAGGGAACUGCCCCCAUCACAUUAUAGCGUGAUAGGAUUUUUUUCUCGUGUCAUUCACCAAAAGUUUCAUCGUUUUAACCAAAGAGAAUUCUCGAUAAUUAGUUAUUUAUGAUUCAUAACAAAGUAAUUGGAUCACUAUUAGAUUAAUAUAAGAUUCUACAUUGAAUUUAUAUAUUCAUAUAUAAAAGUAUUUUACUCAGUUUAAUGAUAAAAAAAAGUACUUUUAAUUGCUUUAUUACUCCAAAUUAUCAAUAUAGACAGUGAUAUAUAAAAACAUUUGAUAUUUUAGAGUUUAAAUUUUUAAUAGUAAAUAUACUUUGAUAUUUAAAUAAUUUACAAAUAUUAGGGUGAUCUAAAAAAUUUGUUAGUUUAAGACAUAUUAAUUAAGAACCGUUGCUAAAAAUCAGCUCGAUAAAAAAUUUUCAAGGGAUUGCCCAAGAAUUUCAUUCUACUAAUAUUUAAGGCUGUGCCCAUCCUUAAGGGUCGCUCGAAAGCGGCCAAAAAACAGUACUCGGAAUCAUUCAAAAUUCGUGAGCGACCCUUUCAAAAUUUUUCGUUGAGCUGAUUUUUGGAAAGGAUUCGUAAAAUGUUUUAAACUCAUAAACUUUCAUACGCGACACGAAAAAAAAAUAAUCAGUUUUUCGCGCCACCCUAAUGAAUAUAAAUUAUUUUAGAGACGAUAAAUAAAUUGUAUAAAAAAUUGCUUAGUAAAGAUGUUUUUAAUGAAAAUAUUCCGUAUAAAGACAUUUGACAAUAGAUUAAAUUUAAAAAUUAAGAUUUUUUUUUUAUGUUAAAUAUAAAGGUGACAGUAUGUAAGAGCAAAUAAAUUUAGCGUAGAGUUUUAUAUCUGCGUUAAAAUUUAUAAAACAAGUUGAUCAUGAAAAGAAAAUUUUUUUAUACUACUCAGCUUUUAUUUCGCGUAGAGAAUUUUUUUUAAAUUGAUAAACGAAAAUGGUCAUUAUAGAUAAGCAAGGCUACAUUUAUUUUCGGCUUUAAAUAUAUUUUUGUGGCUUCAAAGAUUUUAUUUAAUUUUUAAAAAUUAAAAGUAAGUUAAGCAAAGCUUUUUUACAUUUUUUUAAUAUUGCGUUCUAGGCUUUUAUUUACUUUUAGACAACAACGAAUGAACAGAAUAAAAAAUAAAUUUUUUAAAUGCCAUAAAGAAAUAUUUUUACAAACUAAAAUAUGUCGAGUCUCACUUCUGUAUAAUUAUCACUAAAAAUAACCCUGCUUAAAAAGAAAAAUUAAUAUUGAUUAACUGUUCAUAAAUUUUAUUAAUCAUUAUUUUAAAAAUUUAUCUAUCAAAGUUUUUUGGCUGUAUACGCAUAUAUUAAAUUACAUAUCUGUGUUUUUAAUUAUAUAAGUAUCAUAAUUAGUAAUAGUUGUCCUCUGCCAUUUCAAAGGAUUUCAUUAGAUAAAAUUAAUUAAGUAUAUACACUAUUAUUUAUUAUACAAUUAUUUUAGCCUCGUUUAUUGGGGCACACGAAAAAAAAGCUCAAAUCAUACUUGAUUCAGUUAUCUUGAAUUUAUGGUGUGAAUGAUAAAAAAUGAUAGUUAGUAUUAUAAAUCAUGACUAAAAAUUUAAUUUUUUAAUUAUCAAUACUCGUUAUAAAUUAAAUGGAAACAUUUAAAACACAUAUCUUCUUUUUGUGACUUGAUAAUUUAACAAAAAUAAGUUUUUUUUAAAAUCAUCUUUAAUCAUUUUUGAUUAUCAAAAUUAUUUAUAAAAAUCUUUAUAAAAAAAUAAGACGUUAGCAUUAGAUUAGUACUGCCAUUUUUAUUAAAACUAAUAUAUUACGAUCUAUUGAUAACAAUUAUUAUUAAUUUUUAAUACAAAAAUAAUGAAGAACAAAACUUUAUUAAUUAAAUAAUAUUUAAUAUUAUUAUUAUUUGAUUGGAAAAUCAAUAAUAAAAUAAAUUUGUGUUUUACAAAACACGUAAGCAAUACGCAAAUUGUUUAUUCUUGUCUGAUAUUAGUAUUCAUGAAAGAGUCCAUACCGGAAGUUAAGAGAAAUACAGACUAUCUUAGCGUUAAUAUUUAUGAGUCUCUUUUUUUUAACUUCAAAAAAUAAUUAAUUUAAAAAAUAGUAAUAAUUGUUAUGCGAUGAAAUUUAAUUGAUUCGUCAUAAAAAAAAAUUAUUUUGUUUUUACAAACGAUAAAAUACAAAAAAUUAAUUAUUAAUUUUACAUAGAAAUAAAAGUUUUUAUUUCUUAAUUAUUAAAUCUAUAUUUCUUUUUUUUUUAAUAUUUUGAUAUUUGAAAUUAAAAUAAAAUUAUGUUUUUUAAUAAGAAAAAUUUAUUUUUUACGUGAAAAAAGUUACGACGCACAUUAGUCAUUUAGAUCUAUUUAUGUAAUAUUAUAAAUGUUGAUGAUAUAAAAAUAUAAUGGUGAUAGUAAUUGUAACAUCAUUUGCAGAUAUAUUUAAGCAUUUAAAAUGUUGUUUAGACAUGUAGUUACUAUGUUAUAUUAGUGCACUAUUGCAAUAGUGUAAUUGAUAAGUUAAUAUCGAUUUGAUAUGUUAGAUAAAAAAAAAAAAAAAAACAAAAAUAAAAAAAAAAAAAGUAUAAUUAAAUCUUUAUAUUUAUAGUAGAAAAAUAUUAUUAAUUAAUAAUUAUAACAAUAAUGAAUAAUUGUUGACAAAAAUAUCACGUGCAAUAAGACUCAAUACGUUACCACAAUAAUUAAAAAAAUAAAGAAAUUAAUCAUUUUAUUAGUCACAAAAAAAUAAAAAAUGUCAACAAAAUGAUUUAUUAAAAACUUAGUGUCAUAAUUUAAAUAAUUUAGACUUUAGUUUUUAAAUAAAUAUAUAAUAGUAUCAUACUAAGGAGACUUAUAAUUCAUCGUUUUCAGUUUGUUACCAAUAUUUUUUAAUAUACUUUUACAUGGAACCAAUUGAUAAAAUAUAUAAAUACCACCGAACAAAUUAAUUUAUCAAAUAUUUUAAUAUUUAAGUAAAUUUAUAAAUUUAUUAAUCAAUAAUUGAUUUAUUAUUUUCUAGUUUACUAUAAAUUUUUAAAUUUUUUUCUUUUUUUUAAUCGAUUUGAAUAGUUGAUUAGUAUUUUUGAUAAAAAUAUAUUAAAAUUUUGUAUCUUUUGAUUAAUUAAUUGGAAUAAUUAAUUUUUUAUAUUAUUGUAAAAAUUAUUAUAUAAUUACCAAAGAUUUUUCUUAAUACAUGAGUAAUUGGUUUUAAAAAAAUAAAUAAAUAAUCUAUUAUAAUACGAGCAAAUAUUUAAUAAAAUUAUCGUUUUAAUUCAUGAUACAUACUCAUUCAAUAAAUUUAUAUUUGUAUUAUUUUGUAAAAAAAAAAGAAAGAAAAAAAAAAUGAAAUUAAUUUUUAGCCAUUACUUUGAUAUUCUUUAAUAGUUUAAUCAUAAAAAUGUAAAUUUUCACUUAAAAUUAAACAAAAAUCGUAAGAAUAGACUUAUUUAUAUUAGAAAAAAAAAAUGAUAAUUAAAAUAUUUUAUAAAAUAUAUUAAUUAAUUCAAUAUUGAUAUGUCAUAAUUGUGACUUUUUUUUGUAAUUAUUUAAAUUGUUUAAUUAUUAUUAAAGAAAAAUAUUUUUUUUCUUUUUAAUAUUUUUUUAAUUUUGAUCAUAAUUGUAACAAUAAAUUAAUCGAAUAGCAAAAUGUCAGUGGCAAAUUUAAUUUUAGAAUUGUAUAAAGAUGGAAAUUUGAGAUACGCUACUUGAAUUAAAUGACAAAGAAUUUUAAUUAACGAAAUACUAAAUCGAGAAUAUACAAAAGAACAUAAAAAUAUGAAUUCUAUUAUGUAAACGAUAUAGAGCCUAAUGCCAUUGAUACCGUUGAAAUUUUGCUUGAGCGAUUGUAAAUAAUUUUUAAUAUUAGAAACGCUGAUAGAAUUUGUAUAUUCCAUUAUUAUUGUUAUGUUAUACGUAUAUAUUUAUGAAUGAAAAUGAAACAAUUCUUUGAUAUUAAAUCGUCAAAUGAUAAUAAUAGUAAUUAAAAUAAUUGUAUUGUAAAAUACAAAAGUUACAAUAAUUAUUUAUAUAUUAACUGUGUGAAACUUUUUAAUAAAUACAAAUAAUUCUCAAAA